AUGCCGCAAGCACGGACGAUGGCCGGACGAUGUCGUCUAUUAGCUCUGGUCGUGCUCAUCACAUUCGGAGUAGUGACAUUACUACAAUCACUACAAACAACACCCAGCAUCCAUGACAUCCGAAGCUCAAUCCGCGGACACAAGUUUGGAGGUCCAGGAGCAAGACGCCAUCAAUCCAAUCGAGUCCGUAUCAAGAAGGUGACUGCAUUGUUUGGAGAGCCGAAUUAUCUGUAUGAAGCUGCUAUCGCGACUCAUGAACGACACAAUGCUUUGCAUGGGUAUCAGAUGCAAGUGCUACGCCAAAGGAUCCAUGCGAGCUUUUUGGCCAAGCCGGCGUAUCUGAUGUCUGUUCUUGUGGAGGAGUUGGCCAAGCCGUGGGAUGAGCGUGUGCAGUGGCUCGCCUGGGUUGAUCCGGAUACUCUUGUGUUGAAUCAACAGGUGCCGCUGGACCUCUUUAUACCUCCGUCGGACGAGGAAAUCAACCUAAUCGCAACCCAUGAUGACGAUGGAUACUUUAACGGCGGAGUCUUCUUUCUGAGAGUGGAUUCAUGGUCGCUGGAAUUCCUGAUACAAGUGCUUGCAGUUCCUCUCACAGACAGAAAACACCACGUCUCGCUGAACAAAGAUCACACUGCGCUCGAACAAAUCAUGGAGAGUCAAAGAUUCCGCAGCAGAGUAACUUACCAACCACGACUCUGGUACAAUGCAUUCGACUCGAACAAAACCUUUGAAGGCGAAUCUGGAGACCUAAUGGUGCAUCUUCUCGACUUGGGCGGCGACAAAUGGGCUAGAAUGGACAAAUACCUAGGCAACGUGACGAGCAAAAUCAACCCGUACGAGAUGCCGCUGGAACAGACGAGAUACGGCAAGGAAGUGCAAGGAUUCUGGAAGAGAAUGGCAGACUCGCGCAGGAUUCUCAAGGAGGCAAAGUUGAAGGAAAAGGGUCAUGAUGGCAUCAAGGAAGCAGCGAGGAGGUUGCGAUUUGCAUUGGACUUUGAGACGGAUAACGAUGUGGUGAUGAAGGAUGCUUAUGGAUCACUGCUCAGGGCAUUGUAUGAGAACAAGUAA